GGGGUCUGGUUUGGCCAAGAUGGAUGUAGACGAGGGUCAGGUUGGUGUUGGUGUGGGUGUGGGUGUGAAUGAGGGAGAGAAGCCCACUCAACUGCGGCGUGUUGAUCUGAAUGGAGAGAUGAGGGCCGUCAUACUCUGGAAGCAGAGGUACCUGACCACCCACACACACAUGUGAUGCAUGGAUGCGUUGAGCGAUCCCGGAGUGCAUCUCUCUUGCUGUUGCUGUGUCUGUGUGGGUGGGGUAGGUGAGCAGACCAGCGGCGUCUUGACGAGGAGUCGCGAGGUCCUCUGUGCCUGACGACCGCGACAAACGCCUCGACGACAAUGCGCUCUUCCUCGAGGCCGCCUGCCACAUCGACGAGUGCCGACACUCAGACGUCACCUGGCUCACCAUCCACUCAGGUAUGUCCUGCACACCGUCUAGCAGACAAGCAGAGAGAGAUAUACCCAUCGGCACCUUCUCUCUCGUGUGCCUUCAUUGUUGUAUGUGCAGGUCUGGGCAUCCGCUAUUCCCGCCGUCUCCGUGCGUUCAAGGUGUACUUCACCAACCGGUGGGGCCGCACCCACCACUCCAAGCGCAUCUACCCCGUCGAGCCCCCCACCCGGCGCGAGCUCGACGAGGCCAUCGCCAAGGCCGUCAUGGAGCGCAACGGACUCGCACAGCUGGUCGAGUCACUCGCCGACGAGCACGAGGUCCUCUCGCCCGUCCGCAAGGUCACCAAGAGGCCCGUCAGGAUGCCCGCGGAGGGGCUGCCCGUCCUGCCCCCACGCAAGGCCAACCAGUGGGACGGUUUCGACGUCGAGCUGUCCGUGCAAGACACACCGAUGCCAGACAGGCAGGUCGGAGGGGCGGCAGACGGGCAGGCCAACAUUGGGGCGAGGCCGACCACCAGAUGGCGGAUGCCAGUGGUGACGUUCAGGAGGGUGGGGGUGAGGAUGCGGACAAGGGCGAGGGGGCCGCUGACCAGACGGGGGACGGCAGUGGCGAUAAGGAGGGGCCGGAGGGGCAGGGGCAAGCUGAUAGUGACAAGAAGGAUGGACAUCAAGUUGGUUGACGGUGACAAGAAGGAUGACGCCGUAGAGGAGACCAGCAGGUAGAGGAGCAGCAGCAAGAGGAGGCGAGUACCGAAGCCAACUCUCACAAGAAGGUACGUCACCUGGACGCCCCCACACUCUCGAUAACACCUGACAUCGCUAAACAUUUCGUCGUCUCUUCAGAGUUGUCUGAGUGGUUCCCCUUUGUGUCGCCCCUCCCGCCCCGCACACGCACCACCGUCGGCGAGAAAGCCAGGGACAUCACCGACCGCAUCAACACCGACCUGCGCGGCCCAAAGCUCGGCAUCAGGUGGCGCGAGGGCGGCUUCGUCGUGCUCAAGCAGGCCCUGCAGCCCUUCAGGCCCAUGGAGACGGUCGGCAUCGGCCGCAGCCUGGACGGCAAUCGGAUCGAGGUGGCGGGGGUGAGGGUGGGCGCCAUGCUCGACGCACUUCACGAGGCGUGGAAGGAAAAGCAGGAGGCACUCAUCGCACAAGGUGGGUGGGAGAGAGAGGGAAACCCCACCUCAACGAUGACGGUCAUCUGUUUGUUGAUGUGGUGUCAUAUUGUGUGUCUGCAGCAGCGAGGGCUCUUGAGGAGUCUGUGCCGAUGCAGAUAGACCAGCGUGGCUCGCGCAAGAACAAGCCAGCCCCACGCAAGUCGCCACCCAAGCCCCGCAGGCGCCGCGCGGCCCAUAGAGGACUACCGCAGCAGCAUCCAGUCCACACCCGGGCCAGACGGAUCAUCCAUCCAAACGAGGCCGACCAACAGAAACGCGCUGGCCUUCGUCCAUCUCAGCCACCAGCACCCACCACCGGCAACAGUGACCUCCUGGAGGAGCUGAAGUCGUUCGGCCAUUGGCCAGCCCGCAGCGCCUGUGCCCUCUCCGCCGACGAGAAGCACCCCACCCACCACCCACCACUCACCGCCACCACGAGAAGAGGCCCCCGCGCCCCCAUAUGUAGACAGACGGGGGAGGAUGGCUGUUUUUUGUUUUUGUCCAUGGUAUGGAUUGCUUUUGAGUCAGCAGCCAUACCCGUUGCCUUUUCUUCUCCUUUGUCGUAUUCUUUUCGUCCUUCCGUAUGGUGCGGACGCUGCUUUGUCGUUUUCUUUUCGUCCCUCGUCCCUCCGUAUGGUGCGGACGCUGCUUUGUCGUUUUCUCUUCGUCCCUCCGUAUGGUGCGGACACUCCCUUUUCGUUCGUGUGAGUGGGUGUGGUGCGUCGGUGUCUACUCCCCGUCUGUCUACUUCUUAUGUGCGUCGGCGGUGUUCUCGUUGACCGAAACAAUCGG